AUUGUUUCCUGAAUGAUGAAACGUCUCUUACUGAAUAAAGGAGCCUCCUCUUCCUCCUCCUCCUCCUCCUCCUCCUCCUCCCUCUCUGGGUGCAGAUGGCAUUUCCUGAUUUCUCUUCUAGUUUCACUUUUAGAAAGUUUUCGGCUCAGACGACGUUCUCAGUUGGAUGGUGAAUUUCGUGGGUUUGUGAGCAGCAUGGAUCAGCGUGAGGACAGACAGGACAGAGUCCGUCCCUCUAAAGCGUCUCUGUGUGGAGGACACAAGGACAUCAGGAACCAACCAGAACCCAGAACAGAACCUGGAGCAGAACCCGGACCCGAACCUGGACCCAGCUGUGUGUCCUUUAAGAGCGACGGGUCAAAGGACAACCCACUUGUUAACUUUAAGAGACUAAAUAUCCCUGAAUCUGAAAGUGUCCAGAGGAUCUCGGGGGUUCCUGAACAUGCAGCGUUCCCACAGCUGGACUCCAUAUUUAAGCUGCUGGAAAUCAAGAUUGUCUCUUUUGUGCAAAACGAGCUGAAGAAGAUCCACCAGGUUUUAUGUUCAAAUGAUCCUGAAUGCUUAACGUGUUCGAUGGAUGUUGAAGAUGAAGAGAAGAUCAGCAGAGAAGCUUUUCUGAAAAUUACCCAUCAAUUUCUGAGAAAUAUGAAGCAGGAGGAGCUGGCUGAUCAGAUUCAGAACAAAAUGUAUGGUGGAGUUCAUCAGCACCAUUUCAAAUCCUCCCUGAAGACGAAGUUCCAGUGUGUGUUUGAGGGAAUCGCUAAAGCAGGAAGUCCAACCCUGCUGAACCAGAUCUACACUGAGCUCUACAUCACAGAGGGAGGAACUGGAGAGGUCAACCAGGAACAUGAGGUCAGACAGAUUGAAACAGCAUCCAGGAAACCAUACAGACCAGAAACAACAAUAAAACUAGAAGACAUCUUUAAAGUCCCACCUGGAGGAGAUCAACCAAUUAAAACAGUGAUGACUAAAGGAGCAGCUGGCAUUGGGAAAACAGUCUUAACACAGAAGUUCACUCUGGACUGGGCUGAAGACAAAACCAACCAGAACAUCCAGUUCAUAUUUCCAUUCACCUUCAGAGAACUGAAUGUGCUGAGAGAGAAAAAGUUCAGCUUGGUGGAACUGAUUCAUCACUUCUUUCCUGAAACCAAAGGAAUCUUUAGCUUUGAACAGUUCCAGGUUCUGUUCAUCUUUGAUGGUCUGGAUGAGAGUCGACUUGGUCUGGACUUCAACAACAAUCCGAUCCUGACUGAUGUUACAGAGUCCAGCUCAGUGGAUGUUCUGCUGACAAACCUCAUCAGGGGGAAACUGCUUCCCUCUGCUCUCCUCUGGAUAACCACACGACCUGCAGCAGCCAAUCAGAUCCCACCUGGAUAUAUUGACAUGGUCAUAGAUAUCGGAGGUUUCAAUGACCCACAGAAGGAGGAGUAUUUCAGAAAGAGAUUCAGUGAUGAGGAACUGGCCAACAAGAUCAUCUCCCACAUCAAGGCAUCACCAACCCUCCAUAUCCUGUGUUAUAUCCCAAUCUUCUGCUGGAUCACUGCUACAGUUCUGGAGGAUAUAGAGAAAACCAGCAAGAGUAGAGGCCUGCCAAAGACUCUGACUGAGAUGUACAUCCACUUCCUGGUGGUUCAGACCAAAGUGAUGAAGGUCAAGUAUGAUGGAGGAUCUGAAACAGAUCCACACUGGAGUCCAGACAACAAGAAGAUGAUUGAGUCUCUGGGAAAACUGGCUUUUGAUCAGCUGCAGAAAGGAAACCUGAUCUUCUAUGAAUCAGACCUGACAGAGUGUGGCAUCGAUAUCAGAGCAGCCUCAGUGUACUCAGGAGUGUUCACACAGAUCUUUAGGGAGGAGAGAGGGCUGUACCAGGACAAGGUGUUCUGCUUCGUCCAUCUGAGUGUUCAGGAGUUUCUGGCUGCUCUUCAUGUUCAUCUAACCUUUACUGAACGUUGUGAGAACUUGAUGGACAAGAACACCUUUGUGGAAGAGCCUGAUCUAAAUGUUCUUUACCAGAGUGCUGUGGAGAAGGCCUUAGACAGUCUGAAUGGACACUUGGAUCUCUUCCUCCGCUUCCUUCUGGGUCUUUCUCUCCAGACCAACCAAUCUCUCCUUAAAGGCCUGCUUAAAUGGACCACAAAUAACUCACAGAGGAAUCAGCACACAGUCCAGUGCAUAAAGAAAUACACUGAAAAAUCUCUAUGCUUUGAGAAAAUGUUGUGUCUGUUCCACUGUCUGAAUGAAAUUAAGUAUAAUUCAGUAGUGGAGGAGAUCCAGCAGUACCUGACUUCAGGACGCCUCAGAACGCACAACUUGUCUCCUGCUGAGUGGUCAGAUCUGGUCUCCAUCAUUCUGUCUUCAGAAAGUAAUCUGGAUGUCUUUGAACUCAAGAAUUAUGAUGAUUCAGAGAACGUUCUUCUGAUGCUGCUGCCAGUGGUCAAGGUCUCCAUUACAGCUCUGCUGGCAGGUUGUGGGCUCUUUAGGAGAACAUGUGAGGCCUUGUCCUCCAUUCUCAGCGCCCCGACAUGUAGCAUAAUGGAGCUAGAUUUAAGUAACAACAAUCUGGAGGACUCUGGACUAAAUCUUCUGCUGCUUGGAAUGAAAAAUCUUGAUUGUAAACUGGAAAUUGUGAGAUUGAGUCGCUGCAACUUGUCCGAUAAAAGCUGUGAGAGCUUGUCGUCACUUUUCUGCUCCCGGCCUUGUAGUCUGAGAGAGCUGGACCUGAGCAGCAACAGCCUGCAGGAUUCAGGAGUGAAGCAGCUGUGUGCUGGGCUGCAGAGUUCUCACUGCAAACUGGAAACUCUCAGACUUAGUCUCUGCUACCUGUCAGACAAAAGCUGCCAAGCCAUCUGCUUCAUCCUCUCUUCUCAAACUUCACUUUUGAGAGUGCUGGACCUGAGCAACAAUGACCUCCAGGACUCUGGAGUGCAGCUGCUGUGCGAGGGACUGGAGAGUCCAAACUGCAAGCUUGAGUCGCUCAGCUUGUCAGGCUGCAUGAUCACAGAGGAAGGCUGUGCUUCCCUGGCUUUAACUCUGAGCUCCAAGCCUUCAGCGCUGAAGCAACUGGACCUGAGUUACAAUCAUCCAGGAGAAUCAGGACUUAAGCUGCUGUCAACAGGCCUGGAUGACCCAAACUGGGCACUGGAGACUCUCAGGGUGGAGCCUGCUGGAGUCCGAUGGUUGACUCCAGGUCUGAGGAAGUCUGGAUUGUGUUUAUCUCCAUCAGAUUCCUGUCAACUCACCGUCGACAGAAACUCAGUGACUGGAAACCUGAAACUUUCUGAAGACAACAUGAAGGUGACACGUGUGGAAGAGAAGAUAUUUCCUGAAUAUGAGGAGUCUUACCAGCUGCUCUGUAGUAAUGGUCUUACUGGCCGUUGUUACUGGGAAGUCGAGUGGACAGGAGAGAUUGACGUGUCAGUAAACAGAGAAAGGAAAGAGGAAGAAAAGGACAGAGACUCUCCACUGGAACUGAUGGAUUUCAGCUGGAGUUUGGGAUGUUCUGAUACUGGUUACUCAACUAGGAAGGAUAAUAGCAAACUAUCUUUAGUAGCUUUCUCCAACCAGCCUGUUUCUCCAAAAAUAGCGAUGUACUUGGACUGUCCGGCUGGAACUCUGUCCUUUUUCAGUGUUGACUCGGAUUCUCUGAGCCACAUCCGCACAUUCAACGCAGUGAUUGCAGAACCUCUUUAUGUUGGUUUGAACUUCUUUUUCACCAAUAGUUCUGUAUCGUCUGUAAGAACCACUGCCCCUCUUUGCUAGAGAAGCAUUUAAACCAAAUACCAAGAACUUUUGGUAGUGUGAAGAUAAAUCCCAUAUUUGUUGUUUCACAGGUGCAACUCUGUGGUCCAGUCAUUUUCAAGUUCAUUUUCAUAAUCUAUAAACUGUUUGUCAAUUUUAAAAG